GAUCACAUGAUACAUCUCGGCGCGAAAGCUUCUAAAGAUCAACAGCAAACAGAUCUAGAAUCUCGAUCAGUCGGUAGUCGAGAUGGAACUGCGAGUGGUGAUAAUUUUGUUCGGUGGUGUUCUGGCAGUGGUGUUUGGCCAAACUCAGUGUGGAGACCAGCGGAAGUGUAUACCCUUUGGUGAUUGUCCAGAGUAUCGGUCGUACGUGGGAAAAGCAUACAGGACCUGGCCCCUAGCGGUACGGAACGAAGUCAAAGCAAUUCACUGUGGCUCAGAACAGGGGCGAAAUGGAAUGAUCAUCAAAAUCUGCUGCAAAGCGAAACCAGGCCGUGACCUGCUAGAUCUUGAGAAAUGCGGUCAAAGUAGCAAACAACGCAUCGCACAUGGGAAAAUAGCCGAAGUGUUUGAAUUUCCUUGGAUGGCAUUGCUUGGAGAUAUCAACGGAGAGUUUCAUUGUGGAGGAAGCUUAAUUGCGAACAGUUUCGUUCUUACAGCAGCCCACUGCAACAAACAGAAGGUAGAUUUUGUGCGUGUCGGAGAAACGGACCUGUCCAAACCAAUAGAUUGCAAUUACGCUCAGGGCGAAGUAGACUGUGCUGAUCCGUUCCAGGACAUUAAGGUGGCUCGGUUCAUCAGGCAUCAAAAGUACAGCGCUAGCAAACGAAAGAAUGACAUUGCGUUGAUCAAGCUCGAACAUCCAGCAAAGUUGAAUGAUAACGUACAGCCCAUCUGCCUUCCGUUGCCGGAAAUGUUGCCCAAGAAGUUUCCUCCCAAAAUGAUGGUAUCUGGUUGGGGUUUCACCGAAGACCGGAAUGAAAUUUCCAAUCAAUUACGAUUUGCCAACGUACCGAUUAUUGGGCAAAACCAAUGCCAACAAUCUCUACGACGACUGUCUGACGUCUACACUGUGGACGAGAGCCAGGUUUGUGCGGGAAAUGAUAUUGGUCUUGCAGAUAACUGCGAAGGGGACUCCGGCGGACCUCUGCAGUAUUUCGGGAACAAAGGGUACGUGAUUCAUGGAGUCGUUUCAUGGGGAUUGGCAUCCUGUGGCAAAGAAAGUGCACCUGGCGUGUAUACCAAAGUAUCGCAGUAUCUUAAUUGGAUAAUUGAUAAUUUAAAAUAAACUGCCUGGAUAAUCAUACAAAUGCGCGUAGUACAUUAACGUUAUAUAAGAAAUCUACUAUAAAAAUAAAUGCCAUUGUGAUUGCCCCUAAAGAAUUAGGCUAACUGUAGGAAAAUCUAGAUCAUUCUAGUUUCAAAAGUGUGUCUCAAUUGACAGCAUAUGAUAGAAAUGGGAUUUUUUACUUUUAAGUUGAGAUCCAUUGCAAGAGAUAAUCUAUAUAUGUUUAAUAGAAUUAAGUUUAGCAUAUAUUAUGAUUGCAUUAUAUCUAAGCAAUAUUUAAAAUCUGUGAAUAAACUGAUCUUUACUCAUGACAUUACAUUGCUUUCUCGUGAAUAGUAUUCGUUGGCUACACUUGUGAAGGAUACUGCUCACCAUUUUCAUCUAACCAUUACCAUUAAAAAGUGUUUUUCGGAAUUAUGAAAUCUUGCGUCACUUUGCAAUAGGUCCCAUGUACUCAUUGAUCGAUUCUCUUCAUCGACUUUUUCUUUGGAUCGCCACGGGGUUGUAAACAUAU